AACCAUUUCUUUGAUCUUCAGUUUCAUCAUCUGUAAAAUGAAGCUAAAACCAUAACUUAACUACUUUUGUAAUACUUUAUAUUGUAACCAAUAUUACCUCGGUAACAGACUUCAAAAAAAAGGCAACAGGAUGGCAACACAUACAUAUAUUCAGUCAGAUUCUUCUCCAGAAGUAAAACAAGAAAAAUUAAAAACUGCUGACAUUGUGGAAAAAAAUUUAUGGCGUCUCACAAGAAAUGAUCAGAACUUAUAUACUUAUGGACCACUGUAUAUUGGAACAACUUCAUCUUUUUGUGGAAUCUUGGCAAACUACCUUUUUAGGAAUUGUAUGAAGGUUAAACAGCAUCCAUUUCAAACAUUUGUGCCAUUGUCUGCAAUCCCAUUUUUGACCACUGCAGUAACUUUUAAGUUCCUUGUAACAGAUUAUAUAAGUUCUGGUGAGUUAACUGAGGACUCAUGUAUUUUGAGAGGUGCCUUUGUUUCUGCAAUAUGUGGUGCCUUUCAUCCCUCUGCUUUGGCCUUUUUCAAAAAUGGGCGUCUGGCAGUCAGGUAUGAAACUGUUCCAUUACCUCCAAGAGGAAGGGUUCUCUACCACUGGACUCUACUUUGUCAAUCAGCUGCAAAGCUAAUGAUUAUUCCUAUGAUCCUGCAGGUUAUGUAUGGAGGACAUCUUGCUUUCCUACAGUAUAAAAUAUUUAAAAGAUUAUUUGCAAUGCUUGAACAUGACUGACUUUAAAAUUAAUCUUUUAAUGUUUAUAAAGAGAUUUGGAGCAUUUCCAAAUGAAAGAGCUACAUGUAAAUCAUAAGCAAGCAAUAUAAUAUUAUAAUAUAUGUGCAAAUAAAAAUUGUGUUGUCCCUGA